AUGCCAUACACGGUAUAUCUGAAGACAAGGCCGCCACUGGCAAUUAAUGCCAUACACGGUAUAUCUGAAGACAAGGCAGCCACUGCCAUACACGGUAUACCUGAAGACAAGGCCGCCACUGCCAUACACGGUAUACCUGAAGACAAGGCAGCCACUGCCAUACACGGUAUACCUGAAGACAAGGCCGCCACUGCCAUACACGGUAUACCUGAAGACAAGGCCGCCACUGCCAUACCCGGUAUACCUGAAGACAAGGCCGCCACUGCCAUACACGGUAUAUCUGAAGACAAGGCCGCCACUGCCAUACACGGUAUAUCUGAAGACAAGGCCGCCACUGCCAUACACGGUAUAUCUGAAGACAAGGCCGCCACUGCCAUACACGGUAUAUCUGAAGACAAGGCCGCCACUGCCAUACACGGUAUACCUGAAGACAAGGCAGCCACUGCCAUACACGGUAUACCUGAAGACAAGGCAGCCACUGCCAUACACGGUAUACCUGAAGACAAGGCAGCCACUGCCAUACACGGUAUACCUGAAGACAAGGCCGCCACUGCCAUACACGGUAUACCUGAAGACAAGGCAGCCACUGCCAUACACGGUAUACCUGAAGACAAGGCAGCCACUGCCAUACACGGUAUAUCUGAAGACAAGGCCGCCACUGCCAUACCCGGUAUACCUGAAGACAAGGCCGCCACUGCCAUACACGGUAUACCUGAAGACAAGGCCGCCACUGCCAUACCCGGUAUACCUGAAGACAAGGCCGCCACUGCCAUACCCGGUAUACCUGAAGACAAGGCCGCCACUGCCAUACACGGUAUACCUGAAGACAAGGCCGCCACUGCCAUACACGGUAUACCUGAAGACAAGGCCGCCACUGCCAUACACGGUAUAUCUGAAGACAAGGCCGCCACUGCCAUACACGGUAUAACUGAAGACAAGGCCGCCACUGCCAUACCCGGUAUAUCUGAAGACAAGGCCGCCACUGCCAUACCCGGUAUAUCUGAAGACAAGGCCGCCACUGCCAUACACGGUAUACCUGAAGACAAGGCCGCCACUGCCAUACCCGGUAUACCUGAAGACAAGGCCGCCACUGCCAUACCCGGUAUACCUGAAGACAAGGCCGCCACUGCCAUACCCGGUAUACCUGAAGACAAGGCCGCCACUGCCAUACCCGGUAUACCUGAAGACAAGGCCGCCACUGCCAUACCCGGUAUACCUGAAGACAAGGCCGCCACUGCCAUACCCGGUAUACCUGAAGACAAGGCCGCCACUGCCAUACCCGGUAUACCUGAAGACAAGGCCGCCACUGCCAUACCCGGUAUACCUGAAGACAAGGCCGCCACUGCCAUACCCGGUAUACCUGAAGACAAGGCCGCCACUGCCAUACACGGUAUACCUGAAGACAAGGCCGCCACUGCCAUACACGGUAUACCUGAAGACAAGGCCGCCACUGCCAUACCCGGUAUACCUGAAGACAAGGCCGCCACUGCCAUACCCGGUAUACCUGAAGACAAGGCCGCCACUGCCAUACCCGGUAUACCUGAAGACAAGGCCGCCACUGCCAUACCCGGUAUACCUGAAGACAAGGCCGCCACUGCCAUACCCGGUAUACCUGAAGACAAGGCCGCCACUGCCAUACCCGGUAUACCUGAAGACAAGGCCGCCACUGCCAUACACGGUAUAUCUGAAGACAAGGCCGCCACUGCCAUACACGGUAUACCUGAAGACAAGGCCGCCACUGCCAUACACGGUAUACCUGAAGACAAGGCCGCCACUGCCAUACACGGUAUACCUGAAGACAAGGCCGCCACUGCCAUACCCGGUAUACCUGAAGACAAGGCCGCCACUGCCAUACACGGUAUACCUGAAGACAAGGCCGCCACUGCCAUACCCGGUAUACCUGAAGACAAGGCCGCCACUGCCAUACACGGUAUACCUGAAGACAAGGCCGCCACUGCCAUACACGGUAUACCUGAAGACAAGGCCGCCACUGCCAUACCCGGUAUACCUGAAGACAAGGCCGCCACUGCCAUACACGGUAUACCUGAAGACAAGGCCGCCACUGCCAUACACGGUAUACCUGAAGACAAGGCCGCCACUGCCAUACCCGGUAUACCUGAAGACAAGGCCGCCACUGCCAUACCCGGUAUACCUGAAGACAAGGCCGCCACUGCCAUACACGGUAUACCUGAAGACAAGGCCGCCACUGCCAUACCCGGUAUACCUGAAGACAAGGCCGCCACUGCCAUACACGGUAUACCUGAAGACAAGGCCGCCACUGCCAUACCCGGUAUACCUGAAGACAAGGCCGCCACUGCCAUACCCGGUAUACCUGAAGACAAGGCCGCCACUGCCAUACACGGUAUACCUGAAGACAAGGCCGCCACUGCCAUACCCGGUAUACCUGAAGACAAGGCCGCCACUGCCAUACACGGUAUACCUGAAGACAAGGCCGCCACUGCCAUACCCGGUAUACCUGAAGACAAGGCCGCCACUGCCAUACCCGGUAUACCUGAAGACAAGGCCGCCACUGCCAUACACGGUAUACCUGAAGACAAGGCCGCCACUGCCAUACACGGUAUACCUGAAGACAAGGCCGCCACUGCCAUACCCGGUAUACCUGAAGACAAGGCCGCCACUGCCAUACCCGGUAUACCUGAAGACAAGGCCGCCACUGCCAUACACGGUAUACCUGAAGACAAGGCCGCCACUGCCAUACCCGGUAUACCUGAAGACAAGGCCGCCACUGCCAUACACGGUAUACCUGAAGACAAGGCCGCCACUGCCAUACACGGUAUACCUGAAGACAAGGCCGCCACUGCCAUACACGGUAUACCUGAAGACAAGGCCGCCACUGCCAUACCCGGUAUACCUGAAGACAAGGCCGCCACUGCCAUACACGGUAUACCUGAAGACAAGGCCGCCACUGCCAUACCCGGUAUACCUGAAGACAAGGCCGCCACUGCCAUACACGGUAUACCUGAAGACAAGGCCGCCACUGCCAUACCCGGUAUACCUGAAGACAAGGCCGCCACUGCCAUACCCGGUAUACCUGAAGACAAGGCCGCCACUGCCAUACCCGGUAUACCUGAAGACAAGGCCGCCACUGCCAUACACGGUAUACCUGAAGACAAGGCCGCCACUGCCAUACACGGUAUACCUGAAGACAAGGCCGCCACUGCCAUACCCGGUAUACCUGAAGACAAGGCCGCCACUGCCAUACACGGUAUACCUGAAGACAAGGCCGCCACUGCCAUACACGGUAUACCUGAAGACAAGGCCGCCACUGCCAUACACGGUAUACCUGAAGACAAGGCCGCCACUGGCAUACACGGUAUACCUGAAGACAAGGCCGCCACUGGCAUACCCGGUAUACCUGAAGACAAGGCCGCCACUGGCAUACCCGGUAUACCUGAAGACAAGGCCGCCACUGCCAUACACGGUAUACCUGAAGACAAGGCCGCCACUGCCAUACCCGGUAUACCUGAAGACAAGGCCGCCACUGGCAAAUGA